GCCGCCCGCGGCGCCGCGGCCCGCGACGAGGGCCUGCGCCACCUGCUGACGCUGUGCGACGCCACGCGCCUCUUCCGCGCCGCGCUCGCCCUCUACGACUUCCCUCUCGCGGCGCUGGUCGCCGCGCGCGCCAACCGGGACCCGAAGGAGUACCUGCCAUUCCUGAACGAGCUGCAGCGGCUGGACGAGGCGUACCGCUGCUUCCGCGUGGACGCCUACCUGCAGCGCUGGGAGUGCGCGCUGGCGCACCUGGCGCGCUGCCCCGACCGCUUCGACGCGGAGUUCCUGCCUCUGGCGCGGGAGCGCGCCCUCUACGCGCCCGCGCUCGCGCUCUUCCCGCCCGGCGACGCGCGCUACGCCAAGGUGGCAGCUGUGUAUGGUGAAUACUUGCUGAAAGAGAGAAAGUUGGAAGAGGCUAUAGUCAUGUUUCGUCGAGCAGAACGCUGGGAGGAUGCACUGGAGGCAAGCUGCCUGGCUGGGGACUGGCAACAAGCCCUGGUGCUCCUGGCCAAGUUGCAA